AUGGCAUCACUCCUCGUCAUCGGCGGGAUCCUCCUCGCAGCCAAAUACGCCGACGAACAUGCAGAGAAGAAGAACCGCCAGCUCGGCCCAGACUCGGAUAACUACAGGGAUACAUACACCGAGGGUGCUAGUAUUCCGUCCAAAACUUCAAAACGGGACAGGUUCAAGCCUAAAUACUGGCACCCGCGGAGAAAGGCGAGAGACACCAACCAGUCCGAUAUCUGCGAGGCAUCGCCGCCUCCUUAUGCGGAGCUUCCAGCGUACCGCGACCUUGAGAAGAUGGAUGACGCCACUGAGUUGGAUAGCAGUGAGGUUGGGCAUGACCGGUUGACGGUGCAUGAGGCUCCUGGGACACCGCAUGAGGAGCGGUAUAUUAAAGACCGUCUUCCGGAACUUGCUUAG